CACACACCGCACCACACAAACACCUUACUAUUCUAAUGUUUGUCCCACCACACAAAUCAAAUCAUUUCGAUUCGGCGGAGCACUCCACCUGCUUAGAAGCUUCGUUUAGCCGUAGUCACGUGACGUGGGUGUUUUGAAUCACGCUUCGGAUCAGUGUUUCGAAUCAUCUGCGCUUCGGGAUCUCGCAAAGAUUCGGAACGUCUGUUUCGCGUCAGCCAUCCCUACCCGCCAUUAAACGUAUUAACAAAGAAGAAGAAAAGAACAGAGUGGGCUGUGAGCAGCGCGUUUUCCCAAGGUGGUUUUGGAAGAUGUUCAUGCGGACGCUGUGUCGAUUCAAGGCCUCAAAAAGCCUAUGAUAUAGCCAAAUAGUGAGAAAUAUGCACGGUUAGUUGUUUGUGAAGUUCUCCUCAGUGUUUGCUUGGGCUGUGUAUUGUGUUGAUUGGUGUUGAUUUCUGUUGAGAAGCAUCUCUGUGUGUGGAAGUCUCAACAACACAAUUCUCUCGAAGCGGGAUAAAGACGGCUCUGCGUGUGUUUCUGGGGCGAGAGCGAAACAUCAGAGGGGAAAUCGAGUGAAAACGUACAGGUUAUUGAGUGGUGAUGAAAAGACGGCCCCCUGAAAUCUGUAUAAAAUCACAAAUGUUGCAACGCUUUGGUCACUCUUGAAGACUGCAGCGCUACUGGUGAAGCAACUGAGAUCCACGUGACACUGUUAUAAAGAUGUUUAUUAAAGAGGAGAGUGAAACCAUGAAGAUUGAAGAAACAUUCAGUGUGAAAGAUGAAGAUGUGAACAUUGAAGAAACAUUCAGAGAGCAACAUGAAGACGUGAAUAUUGAAGAAACAUUCAGAGUGAAACAUGAAGACACUGAGGAACGAACAGUUGCUGGACGAGGUCUCCCCUUCAACUCCCCUUCAACUCCUCUUCAUAGACGCGAUCAACCCCUUUCAGACGGUCCGCAGACCACCGAGAAGAAACUGUUAAAUGCUAUCAGUGGGCUGUCUCAUCAGCUUACGCAGCUUGGUGCUGUUGUAAAUGAGCAGUUCACUUUAGUAAAUUCCAGGUUGCUGUCCAUAGAGGAUAGGUUGGCUGCUUUGGAGUCGAAAAACUGUGUGGAAGAGACUAGCUCUAGGAAGAGAAGACGGGUGCACAAUCCAAAGAUUGCGGAAGCGGUACGCCGUUUUCACAACUCUGAGACAAACAGUAGGCGCUACAAACCGGAGCAAGGACUAGCCUCGCCUCAUAACGAGGCUGUGACCUCAUAUUUGCUCGGAGCUAUGUCUGCAAGUCCAGAUUUACAUGGUGUUGAUAAUGACAACAUUGUGUCUGCCUGUAAAACAUAUUACGAGACCGUGCGCAGGAACUUCAGGUACAAACAACCGGAUCUUGCAUCGCAGGCAGAAGCUGUGAAGAGUUCAGCUCGGAGUCGAGCGAGAAGAAAGAGGUUGCUAGAAGCGAGACAGAGUGUGCUAGCUGAGGAUGAGGUGGACCUUUGGAAGAGCGCUACCAUAGACCUGAUGUCUGAUGAGGAAGACGGCAUCGUUGACGGGGUGUCUGGAUGGAUUGUGCGACCUCCGUCUUUUCGCAGCCAGGAGCUCACAGAGCUCUGUGCCACACUGCAGUCGAGAUUAGAGGCGAUGCCGAAGUACAGGGCAACGCACCACAGACGUCUGCAAACUGGACCAAAUUCGGACAGAAUGCCGCUAGUUACCUGCAGCUCCGAAGCUGAAAACAGAAACUUCAUGGUGCUGUAGGAUUUUGGGCUUCUCGUGAGCUUCAAAUUUGUUGCGUGGGCAGAUCUCAUAUGUUUGUAUAUAGUUUGUGUGUCUGUGCUAAUAAAGCUCUUU